AUGGACGUGAUACCAGUCGAACAAAUGAAUACUGCAAUGCUUAUUUGCCUCGUACAAAUGAUGCUACAUAUUAUGCAAGACCAGAAUGCUGAGAUCCAAGGACUCGGAUGGCAGACCGAAAGUCUCGCCAUGCUAGUCAACCAGAUGAGAUCGGAGCUGCCCCAGCUCCGAGCUGGGAUCAUUCCCGGCUUGGAUGCUGGGACCGAGGCUGUGGAGGAGGGGCCUGAGACCCCAGAUACAUUCCUUCACGGUCUCGAUGUUAUAUAUCAGCUCCCCAAGACAGAGAGAGAGCAGAACUAA